UUGAAUGGUGUUCUUUUCAAAUCUGAUUAAACCGAUGAAUUUUGAUUUUGAAAGAUUGCUAGGAAGAUGAGAUCUAAGGUAAUAUUGACAUCUUCUUCCGGUUCCGUUGAUCGGAAACCGAGUUCCGAUGCGACGGUUAAGAAGAUUUCUCCAGGAUCUGUUUCCGGCGAGGCUACGUCGAGUUUAUCAACCAUUUCAAGUGAACGAAGCUUGCGUUACGCUAACAGAAGUAGAUGUGCUAGUGCGACAGAGAAUGGAGCACCGCCUCCGGCGAAGAAGCAACGUGUCAAAGCUGCUGUUGGAACGCCGCACCUGCGUCGGCGCGGAGAAGUAAUAUUGAAGUUUCUCUCUCACGGUGGUUCUUCUGAAGGGAAGAUCCGUGAAAUGAUCGGUGAUAGUCCUGAUACUAGCAAAGCUCUGCGAAUGUUGCUUAGGGUGGAUGCUGUGAAAAGAUCAGGAUCAGGCGGGCGCCAUGAUCCCUUUGUUUAUUCGGUAACUGGAUGAAGUUAAUUAGCUAAAAGGAGGUAAUAGCUAGAUGAUAUAAUAUAUAGCGUAUAUUCCACGGAUAAGGAUUAAUUCAGCCAUAUCCCAUAGAUAAAUCAUAUACGAUAUAUGAUUCAGGUAUAUAUAUCCCUAUUAUAUAAUAGGGAAAUUUUGUAGCAUCCAUUUAUUAUGUAAUCAUCUACAGGUUUUUAUGAUGUUCAUAUAAUAGGGAAACUU